AUGCCAUCUGCUUCACGAAGAUUCGCGAUUCAACCCCAGAGCUGGUCCUCUGAGGACGAACUUUCGGCACCGCCGACUGUCGCUAUUUCAAGUCGAAAUCGAACGAUCAAAGAACGAGAGAAACCCCUCAAGGCAAUUGAUACCAUCGAGCAACUGGCCCACAAUGGAUCUCAUGUUAUUGAAUGUUUGAAUGAGUGCGACGCUCUCAUAGUCACGGAUUCGAAAGCUACUCGGGCCCGGGAAAUUGUUGAACAGUUUCGUCGUGAAACCCUUUACCAACACCAGCCGAACCCAGCGGCCAACAAGCAUCCCGCUCCCGCCUUCCAUCCUCAGCCGUUCGACCGACUGAUCUACUUGCUAGAUCGCUACACCGACUAUUGUGCUACUAUCGGCCUGUCAGCAUGGCCUUUACACCAUCUCAAAGUUGCUAUCUGGAUCAAGGGCGACGUGAUUUCACUUAAAACUCGGGUUAUCCCUCUCCGGAAAACUGUUCGUUGUUAUAUCACAACAAUGGAGACCGUCAGAGUCAAGACUCGACAUUUAUUUUCUCAGUCUUACGAGAUGGAUGACAAGCCAUUGAUGUCCUGCCCUAUCCUCAAAGAGUUGCUCGACGUACUACCUAUUAGUCGUGCCGCUAGCCAUGAUAACGCGACUUCCGAAGGCGAAAACAAAUUGAUAUCCGGCGGCGUAGAUCGGGGCACGUUGUUAAAUCAGAUUAGAGGCAAGUCUGGAGACUCGAUGGCCGAACAAGCCCUGUCUAUUGUCCAGGCCGCGCGAAAAAAGGCAAGCGCCGGGGAUGGCUUUAGAUGCGGUAAAAAGAAACCAGACCCACAUAUGCACACUCUGUUCCGUUACAUCAAUUUUUGUCGCUCCUUAACCAUCCCAAUCUGGCCAAUAGAGCCGGUUAGAGUUGCCCUGUGGCUGAGAGAAUCGGUUCUCUCACCCGCCUCGCUAGACUACAGCGGCUUCAAAGUCAGCUUGAGAACAGUCCAAGUCUAUCUUUCACGCUUGGAAUACGCCAGAGCUAGAACCGAGGCACUCUUCAAGGAGGAAUUCGGAGAAUCGGCAACUGGUCCCUUGUACCGGAACCAAGCGAUCGGCGAUAUUUUGGAGUCGUUCAAUCCCAACCAAGCCAAAAAGCUCGGGAUGAUGACCGAUGCAUUCCAGAAGGAAGGUUCCUUACAUCUCUCUCCAGUCCUCGGGAAAAGGAAGCUCUCUGCGGAAUUAUUGAUGGACGAGGCUGCAGCCUACGAUGGCUACCGCAACUGUCGCCCCAAGAUCUCCUGCUCACGAUCGUCUCUUGCCACUUCGUCUUGUGAGGAUAGCGGCUCGGAACGAGAAUAUGCGCCCUCUUCGAGAAGUCCCUCUCCCUCCCCCAGCUCGACGUCAUACGGAUCCCCAGCGCGCGCAUCGAGCGAGCAAGAAUUUUCCAGCAUCUCAUCAACUUCCUCUUCUCGUAAAGGAUGCAUUUCAUACAUUCUAUGCUCCGACUCAGGCCCAGAUCUCUGUUCCGACUUUUCUCAUCACCGUGAGCCAUCAGUCACGGAUUCUGAUUGCUCGAGCGCUUCUGCUCCCCGCAACUGGUCUAUUCCUUCCAUCAACAUACCCCGCAUCGAAAACUGCCAACCACGUUUUGCAAUCCCCUCUUUCGAUAGCUUCAGCUUUGCUCUUUCGAAAUAA